ACGGGAGGGGGGUGGGUGAGGGAGCGGGCGCAGGAGGAAGUGUCAUGGCGUCGGGCCGUGGAGGUUCUUCUCGCUGGUUCUUUACUCGGGAACAGCUGGAGAACACGCCAAGCCGCCGCUGCGGUAUGGAGGCGGAUAAAGAGCUCUCAUACCGCCAGCAGGCGGCCAACCUCAUCCAGGACAUGGGACAACGUCUCAAUGUCUCUCAGCUUACAAUAAACACUGCGAUUGUUUAUAUGCACAGGUUUUAUAUGCACCAUUCUUUCACCAAAUUCAGUAGAAAUGGUGAAGGGGGUGGUCUCAAAUUGAAUAUAAUAUCACCUACUGCAUUAUUUUUGGCUGCAAAAGUGGAAGAACAGGCUCGAAAACUUGAACAUGUUAUCAAAGUAGCACAUGCUUGUCUUCAUCCCCUAGAGCCACUGCUGGAUACUAAAUGUGAUGCUUACCUUCAACAGACUCAAGAACUGGUUUUACUUGAAACCAUAAUGCUACAAACCCUAGGUUUUGAGAUCACCAUUGAACAUCCACACACAGAUGUGGUGAAAUGUACCCAGUUAGUAAGAGCAAGCAAGGAUUUGGCACAGACAUCCUAUUUCAUGGCUACCAACAGUCUACACCUUACCACCUUCUGUCUUCAGUACAAACCAACAGUGAUAGCAUGUGUAUGUAUUCAUUUGGCUUGCAAAUGGUCCAAUUGGGAGAUUCCUGUGUCAACUGAUGGAAAACAUUGGUGGGAAUAUGUGGAUCCUACAGUUACUCUAGAAUUACUAGAUGAGCUAACACAUGAGUUUCUACAAAUAUUGGAGAAAACACCUAGUAGGUUGAAGAGGAUUCGAAACUGGAGGGCUAAUCAGGCGGCUAAGAAACCAAAAGUAGAUGGACAAGUUUCAGAAACGCCACUUCUUGGCUCAUCUUUGGUCCAGAAUUCCAUUUUAGUAGAUAGUGUUACUGGUGUGCCUACAAACCCAAGUUUUCAGAAACCAUCUACAUCAGCAUUCCCUGCACCAGUACCUCUAAAUUCAGGAAAUAUUUCUGUUCAAGACAGCCAUACAUCUGAUAAUUUGUCAAUGCUAGCAACAGGAAUGCCAAGUACCUCCUACGGUUUGUCGUCACACCAAGAAUGGCCUCAACAUCAAGAGUCAGCACGGACAGAACAGAUGUAUUCACAGAAACAAGAGACAUCUUUGUCUGGUACCCAGUACAACAUCAGCUUCCAGCAGGGACCUUCCAUAUCACUGCAUUCAGGAUUACAUCACAGACCUGACAAAAUUUCUGAUCAUUCAUCCAUGAAGCAAGAAUAUACUCAUAAAGCAGGGAGCAGUAAACACCAUGGGCCAAUUUCUGCUACUCCUGGAGUAAUUCCUCAGAAAAUGUCUUUAGAUAAAUAUAGAGAAAAACGUAAGCUAGAAACCCUUGAUCUGGAUGUAAGAGAUCAUUAUAUAGCUGCCCAAGUAGAACAGCAACACAAACAUGUGCAGUCACAGUCAGCCAGCAGCAGUUCUGUUACUUCUCCCAUUAAAAUGAAAAUUCCCAUCACAAGUACUGAAAAACCUGAAAAAUACACAGCAGAUAAGAAGGAAAAGAGUGGAUCACUGAAAUUACGGAUUCCAAUACCACCUACUGAUAAGAGUGCUAGUAAAGAAGAACUGAAAAUGAAAAUAAAAGUUUCUUCCUCAGAAAGACACAGCUCUUCUGAUGAGGGCAGUGGGAAGAGCAAGCAUUCGAGCCCACAUAUUAGCAGAGACCAUAAGGAGAAGCACAAGGACCAUCCCUCAAACCGCCACCACCUCAGCAGUCACAAGCAUUCCCACUCACACAGUGGCAGCAGCAGCGGUGGCAGUAAACACAGUGCUGAUGGAAUACCACCCACUGUUCUGAGGAGUCCUGUCGGCCUGAGCAGUGAUGGCAUUUCCUCUAGUUCCAGCUCUUCGAGGAAGAAGCUGCAUGUCAAUGAUGCAUCUCACAACCAUCACUCCAAAAUGAGCAAAAGUUCCAAAAGUUCAGGUAGUUCAUCUAGUUCUUCCUCCUCUGUUAAGCAGUAUAUAUCCUCUCACAACUCUGUUUUUAACCAUCCCUUACCCCCUCCUCCCCCUGUCACAUACCAGGUGGGCUACGGACAUCUCAGCACCCUCGUGAAACUGGACAAGAAGCCAGUGGAGACCAACGGUCCUGAUGUCAAUCACGAGUACAGUACAAACAGCCAGCAUAUGGACUACAAAGACACAUUCGACAUGCUGGACUCGCUGUUAAGUGCCCAAGGAAUGAACAUGUAAUCAUUUGUUUAGGUCAAUUUUUCCUUUACUUUUUUAAUUUAAAAAUUGUUAGAAUGGAAAAUUUCCUCCUGAUCUAGCAGUGGUAACACCUGCUGUUGCUGCCACUGCAUCAAUAUUUGUAAGUGCUGCUUUAUUCUUCAUUCUGAAAAGAAGAGAUGAUAGUAAACAAGUCUUUAUCUCCACAUAUGAUAGUGUUAUAAAUACUGUAAAAGCAUGGAAGGUGCAAAACUCAGUAUUUCUACAAUUGCAGCUAAGAACAUUAGGAUGAAUGGCUGGCUGCUUCUAGGAAUAUAAGAUGCCUCAAGCAUUCAUUAUUUAUAAUUUGAAUACUGUAGCUAUUUUUUGUUGUUGUUGCUUGGCUUUUGAAUGAGUGUAAAUUGUUUUCUUUUGUGUAUUUAUACUUGUAUGUAUGAUUUGCAUGUUUCAAUGAUAAAGGGAUAAAACAGUAUACUGACAACUGUUUACAAGAAAGUGGAGAAAAAUGUACAUACAUUUUUGUAUGUUUAGAUAUUACCAUAAAUACUCAGGAUUGGAGCUGCUUGUAAGUAUAACAAUAUAACUUUAUUUUAUCUUGUCAGAGUCCAUCACUAAUCUAAAACAAAGGUGGCACUUUUUCAUGUUAACCUUAAACUCUAGGCCUUACUGGAAGCCACUGAAGGGGGGACACUUCACUACCAGAUGGAUAUGCAGUGCCACAGAUGGUCAUUUAUUUACACUGUGAGGCACUGAACUUUUGCCUUCAGAGCUUCUGACCAGGUUGGCUGCUGAAAUAGCCCCUAAUUUUCUGAAGGCUUGAAGAGGAAAAAACAAAGUUUACAUACUCUUGAUGUGAAGUGCAUUUGAAAUGUUUGUUGGCUUGUUGCAGUACUAUAAACACAGAGCUGUUAAUAAUGGUUAUGUAGAUUACUGUGAUUUGAAAACUAAAUCCACAAAACUUAUAUAGUGAAGAAUUAGUAGGUUUUUUUCUUAAUAAGGAACUUUAACACUACAUAUUUUAACAGUAAACAGGGAUUGCUUUUCCUUUAGUGUUCAGAAUGACACCAUAUUCUUAAACAUACUCCUCCCAUGAAGUGUGUGUGUGUGUGAUGCCAUAUUUCUUUUUCAGGUAAAUGCAGUCUUCCUUAUAGAAAUGAAAUUAAACCUGUUGUCUCUCAGUUCUUUUAUAUUCUAAAAAUAAAAAGAAAAGAUCACUGACUGUGCAUUGUACCUGUAUUUAUAGCUUAUGGUUGUUAUCAGGAAGCUCUGUGAGAAAAAGGGGUUAGCCUCCAAGUAAACAAACUAGUGGAGGUUUUACAUUUGUUUGCACAUCUCAGAAUAUUCCUGUUGAGGUCAAGUUUGCACAGUCAUCUAACUUCUGAACAAACAAUAGACUUUAACUUGUUUAAAAUCUGUCUUAAACACCAGUAAUGUGGCUCCGGUUUAUCAGCUAAUCUUGAAUUUAUUCUGUGGUAAAUCUUUGAGCUGUUGAGUGUCUAUAGAUGGGGUGAAUUCAACUUUCGUUGAACUGAAAACUGUCUUAAUUUUUUCUUCUAUGUAUAUGAAUUAUUUUUGUUACAAAGCCACUGAUAUGUGCACAAUUGUAAUUUUACUCAAGUAUGUUGCAGUUGUAAAUACUAGAGAGUUUAAUCUCGUGCUCUACCUUUAUUUAGCGAUUACCUAAUUUGCCAGUAGCUUUAUAAUCUUUUUUUAAGAUAACUGUUCAUUAUUUUGUCAAUGUUAUUUGAACUUAGGAUACUAGGAGCCUCUUUCUAGGGACUUCGCCUAGGUAGCAUGUCCUAACAUUUGUUCUUUGUCUUGCAUAACUUUAGUAAUCUUUGUCAUUACAUGUAACUUUGUUGCUCUGUAUGGCAUAUUAUUGUAUCCAUAAACAUGGUAAUUUUGAUACAGUUAUACUUUUACAGUGGUACAUAAUCCGAGGACUAGUAUAGAAUUAAGAUGAGUGCAAGAUGAGGGCGGGGAAGGGUUUUGUUCUUGGUAAUUUAGAUGUGAAACCUCUAAGGAGCUAUCAUGUGAAACGACAUAGGGUGGUCGUGCUACUGUAUAAUUGGGGAUGAUACCAGGAAUUUUAAUAAGAUUUUGUAAAGAAUAUCCAAAGUAGUGAACUUAUUUUCAGUAUGACAUAGAAAACAAUGUGAAUAUUUAAGGUCUGUGACUAUACUUAAACUUCACUAAGAAUUUGAAGAAUUGUUUUGAGAUGUGGGAAUAAAGGUAAUUUUGUUGAAUCUUUAUUGGUGCUAAUGAUGGACAGUUUAAAAGGUAGCUAGUAUAUAUUGUUAUGGGUCAGUACUUAUUAGUACUUCCAAAAUUGAAUUUGAAAUGCUAUGUAUUCACUUUCACUCUGUAAAUGUAAUUCUUUACAAUGACUUUAUUUAUUAAAGGGCAGCCAGUUGUAAUUUGUACAGGAUUGUGUGAGCUAUUCAAACUCUUUAACCUCUGAACAGGAUUAUAGGUUCUAAAACCACCAUGGGGAUGAAUAUGAAAAUCCUUUUACGUUUCAUUUCCAGUAAGUGAAAAACCCCUAUUACUCAUACUGCCAUUAAUUUGCUUUCCCCAUCUCAUUUGCAUAAAAUAGUUCAUCGGCUUGGUCCCAAUAGGCUCAACCAAAGAAAAAGACUCCAAUGAAUGGACAUUAUUUUUGAGUCUUCUUGUAAGUAGCCAUAAAUAAACCAAAAUAGUACAUCAAAUUUAGGUAUGAAAUUCCACAUGUGCAAAGUACUGUUAAGGUGAUUUACAUUUUUGAUGAGUUUUUUUUAAUAUUUGAAAUAUUAAAAAGCAUUAUCUUUAAACAUCCUUUAAAAGAGUGAUUCAUUUUUCAGUUGUCUUUUCCCUAGAUCAUAGCUUUGUUACCUUUAUGCAGAAGUACAUUGCAUAGAAAGGCUUUACUUCUACCUCUUUACAUAGUUUUCCAGUAUUGAGCUGUGCCCCCUAAAUAUAUGCCUUAGCUACUUAACAAUACGUUUUCAGAACCAAAAAGCAGAAAGAGUGUUUUUUUCACUGAAACAUUCUUGGAGGCCUGCUGUACCAAACUGGUACAAACUGGUGUACCAAACUGGAGAUAGUAUCCUUUAGUGGUAAGACCUUGCAAAAUGUCCCAAUUCCUUUUUGUUGUUGAACCUGAGGUUCAUUUCUUAGGUUUGUCUUUGAAAGCAGUUACAGGUGCAUCUUGAUCUGUCUCUGUCUCUGCGCAGGUGCAUUCUGAUUAGAGUUGUUGACUCCAGAUUUCUACCAUGAUAACAUCACUGGUGUCAUGUGGAAUGUCAUGAGAGGUGCUUGCAUGACUUUGUACCAACAGAUUAUAAUUAGGUAGACUACCUUAUCUUUUUUUUGGUCUGUCUUCCUUGACCUAAGGGAAUGACUUCAGAGAACCAAAUUUUGAAUGUUUUUGUUAGUUACCAAUUGCCUUUCCUAGCAUUUUAAGCACAUUUUUCAGUUAUAUUUGAGUAUUUAAAUUGAUGGGUUUUAUAUCUUAACUAGCCUUAGAAAUAAACCACUGCAUACUUAUGCAUGACUUGUAUACUGUAGAAGUAUCUUGGGCGAAUUAGAUAGGUUAGGGUAUUUUGCAUUCACUGUGGAAAUAAGGAGGGUUUUGUUUUGUUUUGUUUUGUUUCAUUUUAACAUGAUAGUAGCUCUAUAGGAAGACAGUUAUAUUCUCAAAAUAUCACCAUUUUCAAAUUUUAUCUAAACAGUAAGUAGUUGUUUCUUAGCUACUACUAUGCAUAAAUUGCUGGGUGACUUAAGAUCUCUGCUGAGAAAAAUUUGAGAGCUCUUGUGAAGAAUCUUUGAUUUAGCAAUCUCGCUCAAGAGGCUUUCUUGGGAGCCAAUAGGGUUCACUAACUGUAUUUACUCAGAUGAAAGAUCAGUGAGUCCCCCAUCAGGAAACUUGUGUUAACUGAGCUCACAAUAUGAUACUUGAUAAUCUUGUGUGCCCUUGUAUUUAUUUAUGGUAGGCUGAUUUAGAUUGGGAGCUUUGCAUUGGAAAACAGCACAUUCUGUCUUCUGCCCUCCAAGUUACAAUAGCAGCUAAUUUGAGAAUUACAGUUAUUCAAAUAUCUGAAAUUUGAUUGCUGUAAACCAGAUUAGAAGUGAGCUUGUUUUGUAAGGGAAGUUUGCCUUUGUAGUUGAGAUGAUCUUGCCAGUGGGUCUGGAAUGUUCAGUGUUUUAGUCUGAUUGACCAUGCAUCCAUUUUUUUAUUCCACAAUGACAGUUUGGGCAAAGCCAGCUUUUGCUUCUGUGACUCCUUUUUUUCUAUUCCAUAUAAUUUUACUAGUAUCUAUUUUCGCCUGACAGGUUCUUUUAGAAUAGGCUGAUAAGCAAGGUAUAUUGAAGGUUGUAUGGCUAGGAGUAAUUCUGUUUUAAUAAAGGUGAGUUUACCCAUUCACUGUGAUCCUUUAACCCCAAAGGAAAUUCUGAGGGCUAAUUUCCCUUAUUUCCAACUUUUGGGAGGAAGCCGCACUUAAAACCUGUUUAGUAGUUGGUUUGAUUUGCCUGUUGUUUAAUAAUGAGUACAUUCUUUAAAGGUGUGUUUUUCCAGCAGCUUCACUUGGUUUGACAAACUUCACCUGACUCAUUUGUUGUCUGCUCUGAUUAGGAUUUUGUUUUCUGAAUAUACUCAGAACCCCCAAGGACUAUUGAAUAGGAUGUUUGCUGAUAGAAAAUCAAAAAUCGGAACGUGUGUGUGUGGCAUGAAUUUGAUUAGUUACUGAAUUUCAGUGCAGUAUCUGUUACGAGGAAUUAUUAAUAAAAUUUGUUUAUUGAAAAUGUAAAUCCAAGAUUCUAGUAUGUGUUGUUAAUGUGAAUCAUAAGUAACUUUCAGGCCCUGGGAAAUACAGGAAAUAAGGUCUUAAUGUGUUUCUCUUUAUCUGAGUAACUCCAUAAAUCUUCACGGAGUGUGGCCUUUGAGUUCGUUCAGGUUGUCUGUAUUCCACUCUCAGACUCACCACUUGGUAGCUGAUUUUCUUGGGUGAAUUACUUGACUUUGUGCCUUGAUUAUCUUACCUGCAAAAUGUACACAUUCAUAGGGUUGUGAGGUUUAAGGUUUGAACGAUCACAGAAGGCUGAAUAGAAUAGAUGGCAUUAACGAGAUUUUUGAUAGUGAUAUACUCUAGCUAUUAGAGGGCAUGAUGGAACCCAGUCCAGGUGCAUUAAACUUGGGUGUGUAUUAAACUGCAUGCCUACUGUUUUCCAGAAUUUAAGUUGUUCAUUCUAAUUCAUACUUUGGGGUUUUCUUGGUUAAACUGUUGCAUCACUUCCCCAAAAAGCAAAGAGAAAUUGCGAUUAUCUGAAAGGGGAAUUAUUCAUGAAAAAAUAUUUAAUCAUAAACUGCUUUAUUAUUGCUGCUCUCCAACCCUUGCCUUCUCCACCGAUUUGCCCGUACCUUCCACUUGAAAGAAAAUUGAAGCCAUGCAGUGGCUUUAAUAAAAUAAAAUUAGGAUAGAAAAGUUGCUUUCUCUAAAAUGCAUCUUAAGCCUAAAUGUAAAAUAAAUGUUUUGAAAUCAA